UGGGACAGCUCCCUUGCAGAGCAGGGGGACUUGGCCUGGGAGGUCUUCAACUUCCCUUCCCGCCCUUGCUUUCGGGGAGUCCCAUGACUUGCUGUGUGACCUUCAGGGUGGGAGGAAGGGUUGCGAAUUUGGGCGAGGCUCUCAAGGCUCAGGAAGGAAAGUAUGAUGGCUGCUUAAAAAAAAAUAGCUGAGUUGCUGCUUGAAAAAAAAAAAGCGUAAACCAACGAAAAAGAAAACCUGCUGGCUAAGAGCCCACCCCACUGGUGGGGGCAGCCUGGGCUCUUCGGGGCUGGGCAGGCGGGCGGGAGGAGGUAGGUGUGUCUGGAUGGCAGCCGUGUGUGGGAGAGACUUCACCUGGCUUCCUCGCUGUCUCCUGUUCCAGCCCAGCCUUUCCUGUGAUCCUCUGGGGGUUGGAGAGCUGACCUUAGUGGGUGCCUCCUUGAUGCUGAAUACCUUCAUUUUCUCCUCCCAGUGCUUCUCCAGGGAAGGCACAAUGCUUCCCACAUUAGGGUUGAGAAAGGUUGGCUCUGAGGAGUGAACUUAUUUCUGGGAGUCACACAGCUCCUAAGGGGAGGGGCUGCCGUUCAAAUAUUGGGGACUGCAGGGUUCACGCUUCUGGGGGGGGUGCCCGUGGAGAAUGCUGGAGCUCCACGCUGCGGGCCUAGGGAGGCCAUGGCCCCAGCGCCCUGUCAGUGCCUGUUGGGUUGGGUUACAGCACCCCUCUGUGGGCACAGCUGGCCCUGUGGUGAACUCAGCUGUGCACUGGCAAGGGUAGAAGGUAAGGAGGGACCUUAGUUCAUCUCAUUUCUCCUAACCUCUGCCCCAGCCUGACCCUGAUAACCAGUUCCUGAUCUCUGGGCCUCCUCCCAAAUGUCCCCAUUACUCCAUCUCCCAGUAAGCCUUCAUUAGCCUCAGCUGCAGUCUCAACACUCGCUUCAGCCUGGUCCUGACCCACGGCCUCAGUUGUGACCUCUCCUGAUUCCAUCUCCUGGGAUGAGGCUGGAGUGCUCAUCCGAGCCUCCCUCCCUCUGUUGGACCUUCCCUCCCUGCCUUCCUCCCUUCCUUUCUCUUUUCUUUUCUGUCCUUUUUUUCCCCCCUUUCCCUUUCCACAGGUUCUUGCUCUGUCACCCAGCCUAGAGUGCAGGGGCACAAUCAUGGCUCACUGCAGCUUCAAGCUCCUGGUCUCAAGCCAUCCUCCCGUCUCAGCCUCCCACAUAGCUGGACUACAGGGCUCUGGAGGCCACGGGCAUGAUGCUUCAGGUCCUGGUGGGGGCUGUCCUCCCUGCCAUGCUGCUGGCUGCCCCACCGCCCAUCAACAAGCUGGCACUGUUCCCGGACAAGAGUGCCUGGUGCGAGGCCAAGAACAUUACCCAGAUCGUGGGCCACAGUGGCUGUGAGGCCAAGUCCAUCCAGAACAGGGCGUGCCUAGGACAGUGCUUCAGCUACAGCGUCCCCAACACCUUCCCACAGUCCACAGAGUCCCUGGUUCACUGUGACUCCUGCAUGCCAGCCCAGUCCAUGUGGGAGAUUGUGACGCUGGAGUGCCCGGGCCAUGAGGAGGUGCCCAGGGUGGACAAGCUGGUGGAGAAGAUCCUGCACUGUAGCUGCCAGGCCUGCGGCAAGGAGCCCAGUCACGAGGGGCUGAGUGUCUAUGUGCAGGGCGAGGACGGGCUGGGCUCUCAGCCUGGUGCCCACCCUCACCCCCAUCCCCACCCCCACCCUGGCGGGCAGACCCCUGAGCCCGAGGACCCUCCUGGGGCCCCCCACACGGAGGAAGAGGGGGCUGAGGACUGAGGCCCCCCGAUUCUUCCUCCCCUCUCAUCCCCCUGUGGAGUUUUGGGUCUCACCCUCCUGGGAGGAGUCGGGGGAGAGGCUGAAGCCCCCCUUUGGCACUGGAUGGACUUGGAUUCAGACUUGGACUUGGAUUCAGACUCGGACUUGGAAUGCUGCCCGGUUGCCAUGGAGAUCUGAAGGGGAGGGGUUGGAGGCAAGCUGCACAAUUUAAUAUAUUCAAGAGUGGGGGGAGGAAGCAGAGGUCUUCAGGGCUCUUUUUUGGGGGUGUCUCUUCCUGUCUGGCUUCUAGAGAUGAACCUAUGGGAGAGGGAGGAAGUUGGCUAAGCCGCUGAGUCAGGGGGAAGGCCAUCCAAGAUGGCGUGAACCAGGCUAAGGUGUGUGGGGGUGCAGAUGGUCCUGCCGAGGUUUGGCGCUUAGGGUGAGCAUCUUGCAAGCCUCAGCCUUGAGGGAGGGGCUGGGCUAGAAAGACCGCUGGCAGAAACAGGAGGCUCCAGCUCCACAGGCUUCCCCCAAGGCCCCUCACCCCACUCCCCAUCCCCAGAGAAGCACUGCCCCAAUGGCACUGAAGUGGCCCUUCCUCAGCGGAGGGGUUUGGGAGUCAGGCCUGGGCAGGACCCUGCUGACUUAUGGUGCUGGAGCUGGGCGCCAGGCUCUCUGGGCCUUUCUCUGGCUGUCUUGGCUUGCCUGGUGGGGGAAGGGGAGGAGAGGAAGGAGGAGAGGGAGGAGUCUUCCAAGGUCAGAGGGAGGCGGACAACUCCCCCCAGACAAUCCCCGAAGAUGAGCAUCCCCCUCCUCUCCCUGUUAGAAACGUUAGUGUACCCCCACUGUCCCCCAAGUUCUAGGCCCCCCAGAAAGCUGUUGGAGCGGGCCCCUUCUCCCAGGGAUGCUCUUUCUAAAUAUCGGAUGGGUAUGGGAGUGAGGGGUUACCUCCCUUGCCCCAAGGUUCCAGAGGCCCUAGGUAGGAUGGGCUUGGGCUGAGCCUCGAGGAACUCCAGGACAAGGAUGACGUCUGGCUUGCGGGCUCUCUGUAGCUCCCCAGUUCUGCCUGCCUCCUCCCUCCCAGCUGCACUUUAACCCUAGGUGGGUGGGGACCUGGGGGGAGGGGCAGGGCAGGCAGGCCGUGAAGAAAGCCCCUCUGUGCCCAGAACUGCCUGCGUCUGCUCUUCUGUGCCAGCCCACUGCCUCCUGCCUGGCGUGUCCCAGCUCUCCUGGCUGUUGCGACUCGGGCUUCUGGAGCUUGUCACCAUUGGCUGGUCUCCCUGACGGACCCUCAGUCUUCUUAUGAAUAAAUUCCUUCAACGCC